AUGUACACCAAGGGAAUUGGGGAUAUUUGCAUUAACAGCAGGCUGAGGGAGAAAGUUGAGGCAAACGGGUUUGGGGAGAUGACUGAUGUUCAACGGAUGUGUGUUCCAGAGAUGCUAAAAGGAAAGGAUGUGGUGGUUCAGUCCCCGACAGGUACAGGGAAGACCAUGGCGUUUCUUGUUCCGAUACUUAGCUGCAUAUAUGAUGUAAGAGAGGAUGCAAGGGCAGGCGUUGCUGCAGUGGUUAUUACGCCCACCAGGGAGCUUGCUUUACAGAUCAAGGAAGUGGCAGAGCUAUUUGACGUGAGUUGCGAGUGCUUUAUAGGUGGAAUGAGCAUAGAAAAGGACUAUGAGAAGAUGGAGGGAGAGUUCCACAUUGCUGUUGGAACGCCUGGAAGGCUUUUGGAGAUUGUCAGCAAAGACAUAAAGAAGUUCUCCAGGAUCGGGCAUCUUAUUCUCGACGAGGCCGACAAGCUACUAGGAUUUGGGUUUGAAGAAAAACUGAUGCAGUUGAUCAAGAAAUUUCCAAAGAACAGAGUUACGGGACUGUUUUCUGCAACGAUUAACGACUCGGUGGAUAAACUCUCGAGGGCUUCUCUGAGGAAUCCUGUCAGCAUUAAAGUGGGGAACAAUGCAAUGCCUGUUCUUCUUGAGUACAUUGUUUUGAGUCCCAUGGAAAAGCUAUUUGCUCUGAUGGACAUUGUGAGCGGUAGAAGAUGUAUUGUUUUCUUUGCAACAUGCAAUGAGGUUGACUUUUUCUUUGGAUUACUUUCGAGGAUUGGGCUUGGGAGCGUAUGCAAGAUACAUGGGAAGAUGUCCCAAGAUGAAAGAAACAAUGUCUAUAAGGAGUUUUGCCAGGGAAACGGCCUUCUUUUUUGUACGGAUGUUGCUGCAAGGGGAAUAGACUUCAAGGAUGUGGAUUUGGUUGUACACUUCGACAUUCCGAAGGAGUACAGCAGCAUAGUUCAUAGAAGUGGUAGAACGGCCAGGAACGGGUGCAAGGGAGAGUCCAUUCUCUUUGUGAUGCCAAACGAAAAGGCUUAUACGGAAUUCCUGAAGAUUAAAGGCAUUCCUGUGAUGGAGGGCAGCUACAAGGUGAAGCCUACCAUUUCUCAUGAUGAUAUGAAGGGCAAGAUUGACCCCGACCUUCUGAAGCUUUCUGUCAAGGCGUUUGUUUCAUAUAUAAGGUCUUACAAGGAGCACUUCGUGUCAUACAUACUGGACUACAGGGGCUUGGACUUCAACUCGCUGGCAGAGCUCUUCUUCUUGGAAAAAAUACCUGGGAUGUCCGAGUUAAGGAACGUUAAGUUCGAGAAGUUUGCCAAACCUCUAGAAAGUGGAAAGAAAGGAGAUAAGCCCAGAAAGAAACACAAGCGUAAGUAG